AUGUCAGUGUCGACCGAACUGAGCCAUUCGAUCUUGCACAAUCCACGUUCGCCGGUGAGCAUUUCUACAGAUUCAAGUCGACGAGGUUCCCUGAAGCAGGUUCUUCCAGAGAAAUACUCCGAACCACCGACACCAAACUCUCCUCAACACCGCUUGACACGCAAAAGGGCGGCAUCUUUGGACCUCGACAUUGCGAAUGAGCCGCGUAUUGGGGACUUGGCUCUCCAGACUGCACGACCGGCCCAACAUCUAACAUCAGACUUGACGAAGGAGCAAGUCUGCCUUUGUCAACCUGAUCCCAAAAUACCAAGACCUCGAAACGCUUUUAUUCUUUACAGGCAGCAUUACCAGGCGCAGGUCGUCACCCAACACCCUGGACUUGCAAAUCCUGAGAUCUCUAAAAUUAUUGGUGAACAGUGGAGAGAACAAGCACCAGAAAUCAAGAACGAUUGGAAAAGACUAGCUGAAGAAGAGAAACAACGCCAUCAACGACAAUACCCAGGCUAUCGAUACCAACCUCGACGAGCAGGCAAGACAAACGGCUUACGACCUGCCUCAGCAGCAACAUCGGAAGACCCUAUCCGCUGUCCGAAGUGUGGUGGACGAUACAUAUCUACACCGGGUACACCGUUAACGCCAUUCACACCAGCUUUUGGAGCUCUUCGACCUGUACCUCCUUUCACACCAUCUCAAACAGACCAGUUCGAGAGACCUCGGCAGCCAGAUCAAAUGCAACCCGCAAGAAUGGACACUCCUCGACACGCUCCUCCCUUUCAACAACAGCAGAUGCUUCGUCGAGGUCAAUACGGCGCUCCCCAGCAGCUUCAGACACAUCGUGAAAGGGAAGAGGAAAUGGACCUGCUCAGCCCUUCUCCUGGACAAAAACGUCGCAGAUUUAACGAGGAAAAUAAUCGAGGCUAUGCUGCCAACUCGCCUGUAUAUCAAUCUCCCCAAACAUUUGCACGCAACGCUCCACCCAUGUCAGCUGGCUAUAGACAGCAGCUGCCAGGUCCUGGCAUGAUAGUCAAACCUGGAUCGAUGGGUCCUCCACCCGCACAGUAUUCUCCAGUUGUUCAACACCCAAGACAACAGUACCCUCAACGUCAAAGUGUUAUUGACGAGUCCCUUCGGUUACCUCCUAUCCAAACUCAAAUCGGUAAUGGUGCAUCUCCUGCCCUGCGAUCAGAUCCAAGGGCAGAAAGUCGUCAGUCCCAAGCAAAGAGUAUUGAAGCCAUGGUCAUGACCAUCCCAUACGUCAACAAGAUCAAAGUCCUCACUAAAAUAUCCCCGCCCCUUUCACCGCCUGGUCCAGGUAGUCCUGCCCAAGAAGUUCGCGGUGCUGUUAUUGCUGUCGAAGGUGGUGAUAAAGAACUGCUAUGUGAAAUUGGAUCUUUCAUCAAUGAAUACCUGAGCAAGGAUCCUUCCUUUGCCGUCAAAGUAUGGGGCACCGAAGCAUCUCCCUGUCCUUUCAAACCAACAGCUACUCCAACGACCGAUACCGCCAUGGCAGAUUCCUCGAACCCCCUCGCUGUACCAGAACCCGCAGAGACGACAGAUGACACCGACAGCUUUGUCGAGUAUCUAUCUAUCAUCUCCCAAUGGCACAAGAAAUCCGACGAGAUCUCCAAAUACAUCACCACCGCCCCACCCUCUCCCCCAACCGACACCGACAUCGACACGACACCUGCGGCUCCCAGGCCUAAAAUCCUCCCAGUAGCACUUGUUCCCAACGGCUUCUCGCUCACGACCUCAGACACAUACGCGCUCCGCAUCCCCAUCAACGACUCCUACGCCCCGGUCGACCAUUGGCAAUGGAUGGCUACACUGUGGCGCGGUAUCGUGGGUCCGGAUCUCACGAUCUACGUUACGAGAGUUGGGCCUGAUGAGAUGAAUCGGUUGGGUGGGGUGGAGAUUAGGAGUGAUUGUGGAGCGAUUGUGGUGAGGAUUGCGGAGACGGGGAAGAUGGAUGAGAAGACGGCGAGGAGGUUGGGGUUUGAGGUUGUGGAGAUUGUGAGGAAUAUUGAGACGGGGUUUGGUCGUAGUUGAUUGUGAUAGAGAAGUAGGG